AUGACUACAUCACGUAAGGCAUUCUUGCUCAUGGAGAUUAAUGCAUACCGAAUUGAAACACCCGCGUGCCUAUGCUCGUCUGCGUGCCGGGGUCCGUGCGGAGGAGCACUGGCGGAGCGCGUUGGGCCGCGGCGCCUGCAGAUGGCGCGUGUCCUUUCCUCGCGUUCGCCUUCCUCGGGAUGCAGCGGCCGCGUGGGUUUGGGGCCCGGGAAUCGAAUGUCCUGCAUGUGUCCUGAUCUUAUGUCGGUCAUACAGGGCCUGGUGGUGGCGCUGAUGUACCCAGCGGUCCCCAUCUACCCGUGUGAGAUCGCCGACCCGCGGGGCCGAGGGACCUGGGCAGCCUUAUCCAGCGGUGUGCUGCCGAUGGUGACUCUUCUCCCGGGGGUUCUUGGGGCCUGGCCUUGGCUCCAUGAGUCGCCUCUGUUGGUUAGCGAGGCAAGGGAAGAAACCCCAGCGGCGAUAGAAGUGUUACAGUGCCUCGAGUGUCCGCAGAAGAAGUAUCAAGUGUCCCCCCUCUGCGCAGCUAGGGAGACCAAGAAGGACAGGACGCAAAUGGCAAGCCGUAUUCCAGAGUCCCCAGAAAAAGUUUUCUUCGUUUCCCUUAUCGUUUCCGUAAUGGUAUUUGUAAUGGCUCAAAUUCACGGGCCAGUUGUUAUUUCUGCCAAUGCUGUUUCGUAUAUUCCGAUCGGCAGAAGUCGGACAAGUCCCUCAUUAAGUUCUAUUUUAGUCGGGACAACUCGGCUAACUUUCUGCGGCCUGGGGUCCUCUUGCUGUAUCGCGUGCCUCGGAACUCUCCUCGUUGUAGGAAACGUGAUGGCUGGAGUUGCCCUGAUAGCAAUUGCAACCUUCUUCUUCAUGCGCAGCAGAGAGUACGACCCAUCUAGACUGAAAUGGCUUCCAUUAGGAAAUCUGAUGCUAUAUAUGGUCCCCAUUCUCCACUGGCAUUGGGCCGGCGAGCUCUCUGCUGCACGUGGAGGUGCUUCCCGGGGCCCCCUCAGAUCGGCUGGCAGCAGCGUGGCGGCCACCUGCUUCUUUGCCUCGAUAUUCCUGGUUACUAAAACUUUUGAUGACGUCGAGGUGCAUUCGGCUUGCACAGUGUCUUUUAUGCAUAUGCACUUGGCUGCGUUGUGUUUUGUAUUUUUGUUUUAUCUUGGGUACCCAAACAAGGACCGCUCCCCCUUGGGGAAAUAG